GCAGCUACCAAAGCAAGGGGCGGGACGGGUCGCAUUUAAAACCCGUCUCCUCACACCCAGCAGCUCAUCCAGCAUCAGGACACAUGUCUGCUUUGCUCAAGCUUAUCAACGUUUCGAAAACACAGCCAUGCACCUCCGCGCACACGCGUCGUGUCGCUCCCUCUUGCUGCUCUGCAUCCUCCUGAGGAGCUGCCAGGCCGUGAAAAAUGACGCCACGGAGCGGAUGUUCUCACACGUGAGUCCCGCGCCGGUUGCGGAGCUGCAGAGCAACGCGUCCCUGAACCGCGCGCGCAGCGGAGGUCGAGGACAGGGCGGCGGCGCGACGGCGCAUGAGCGAGUCGAUCGGAGUCAGAUUGGCUGCAGAGAGCUGAGGUCCACAAAAUACAUCUCUGACGGCCACUGCACCAGCGUCAACCCCAUCAAGGAGCUUGUGUGCGCAGGUGAGUGCCUCCCAGCCCAGAUGCUGGAGAACUGGAUCGGUGGGACCCGUGGCAGGAAAUUCUGGGCCCGCCGGAGCAUCACCCAUGACUGGCGCUGUGUCAAUGACAAAACCCGCACUCAGCGCAUCCAGCUGCAGUGCCAGGAUGGCAGCACAAGAACGUACAAGAUCACCGUGGUCACCUCCUGCAAGUGCAAGAGGUUCUCAAGGCAGCACAACGAGUCCGGCGGCAAGUUCGAAGAUCCAGCCAAGCUGCAGCCAUCACCCCUCCACAGACACAAAUCCAAGAGCAAGAAGAGGCUGGGCAAGACACGGCUGAGGGAGAACUGGCACGAAACUGAAUCCUAAAAUCGGCAAGAUGUUUAGAUUGACUGUAAAAGCCUUGGGAGGUUUCCUGUUUUGACAUUUGGAAGUUGUGGUUGUGGAUUAUCUUUCAGUGACUUUUACUUGACUCAAGCAAAGCUGCUUCCUAACUAAGAUGGAGACUCCAGAAAGGAUUGUCAAAGAUUUGUGUUUUAAAAAUGUGAACAGAAGUGGAUUGUACAGUCUGGAGAGCUACUAGAACACAUUGUCCUAUAAGGGCUGCGCAUAUUCUGAGUGCUUAUGGAGAUCUGCAGCUAACUUGCGGAAAACACCUAAACGUCUUUAAAACGUCAACUGUAAAUAGUUGUACAAAUGCAAAAUUCCUACUUACAUUUUGAUAUAUGGCUGUGUUUAUAAGAUUUUACUAUGUAAGAAAUACGAUGUUUGAUGUAAUAUAUGUUAUGUAACAUACCCGAUGAAUUCAUUUGUUUAGCAUCUGGAGAAACGUCACUCUGGUUAUAACUUCGUUAAAUAAAGCCAACUAUUUUAUCACA